GCUUCCGUCAACAGGAAGUAUGCCUACACAAGGAUGGGUCGAACGUGUUGUAUCGGUCGUAAUGUGACUACGUGAGUCUGGAAGGCGUUGGAACGUCGUAUCAUGCACAUAGAUCCGUUCUAACAUGGCACCCUCGCCAUCAACGCUAAUCAAUGAACAGAAAAGGAAAAGCAACGCACGUCAUGGGCCGGCAAAGAAGUUGAAGGGACGGCAAGAUGGCGCUGAUGACAAUGAGGAAUGUGGACCGUGGAUGUCCGUGCUGCCUGAGCACCUCCAGCAUCCGAUCACAGCCAAGGAGCUGAUGGAGCUGCUGCAUUACGCUGCUCUGCCAGGAACAAACAGCGUCAAGCAGCCCAGUUGGUGUCGUGUGCACGGGCAGCAGAGUGUGGAAGGCGUCAAUGUUGUGGUGGUGGAGGGUGUGACCCAACGUGACUUUUACAAACACUACAUGACUUUCAGGCGCCUGAGGAGCAACUACACCAGCAGAGUCACCUUCAUGCCGUCCACCAGCAACCUGCUGUCUGGGAUAUUCAGCAGUGACGUGGCCACUUCAGGCGGAUCGUACGUGGACCGAGCAGAGAAAGACCGCAGCAAGUUACACAAAGUGCUGACGACUCACCCGGUCGUGACCAAGUUUGGGACGAGGAGGCGUGGUCUGACGGCCUACUUGCUUCCCCAGCAGGAGAUGAUCAGGGGACGUUACCCGGUCAAAGGGAUGCCAGGCUUUGAGGAGUUUGUGUGCACAGAUAGCGACGAUGUCGUCACAGACGCCAGUCCUCUGUUUGGACUGGACUGUGAAAUGUGUCUGACAGUGAGAGGCUACGAGGUGACAAGGGUCUCCCUGGUGGACUGCUGGGGGACGUGCGUGCUGGACCAGCUGGUGAAACCUGACAACAAAAUACUGGACUACGUCACACAGUUUUCUGGUAUCACGGCAGCCAUGCUGCAGCCGGUCAGGACCAAGCUUGGUGACGUUCAAGGUGAGCUGAGGAGGCUGUUGCCACGAGACGCGGUCCUGGUGGGUCAUUCCAUCAACAGCGACCUGACGGCCCUGAAACUCAUUCAUCCUCACGUCAUCGACACCUCGCUGCUGUACAGGAGAGAGUUUGGACAGAGGUUUAAGCUGAAGGUUCUGGCCGAGACCGUGCUCCAGAGGCAGAUCCAAACGGAGGAGAGGACAGGUCACGACCCUGCCGAGGACGCCUUGGCAGCGUUGGAGCUGGCCCAGUAUUUCAUUAGAAGCGGACCUCUGCAGGUGCUUGAGGAUCACCUGGAGGAACUUUGGGGUUUGACGUUACAAGAAGAGUCCACACACUUGGAAUCAGAGCCCAGCAGCAGGUUUGCUGAGGUGUUGCAGCGACUCGGCAGGUCGGUUUGCUACGUGGGGAAGCGCUGUGACGUGGCCUUACACCUGGCCAAUCAGCAGUGGCUCCACUCUGACAAAGAGGUGGUGGCCUCUUUCAGGAGGCUGGACAAGGUUCCCUUCUUCUCCGUGCUCCACCUGUCUUCUCUCUCUAAGCGGUCCCGGGACCUGCCUCCUGACCUGCACCACAAGGUGAGCGCACACCUUCGGGACAUGUGUCUGCUCUUUGCCGGUCCACUUCCUGUAGGCUUCUCCGAGAGAGAAGUGAGGCGACUGUUCCGCUGCUGUGGUCACGUCCUGAGCGUGAAAAUGCUGAAUACGACACACAGGGUUCAUGCCUUGGUGGAGUUCAAGCUGCUGGAGGGAGCCGUGCUGGCACUGCAAACUUUGAACGGCAUCCAAGUGCAGGGACACACCAUGAAGGUGCAGAGGCCAGUCAACGAGUCCACGCUGGAUUUUGACGUGAUUCUCAAUGCGCUGAUGAGCGACGUGCUCAACACGCGACGACUCUACGUGGUCAAACUCAAGCCCCUCUUGGCCCGCAGCGUCUCGGCCAAGCGCAACGGACACACGAAGGACGCCGAGCGCGCAGAGGUGAACAGCUGCGCAUCCACGUCACUUCCUGCCAACACGUUUGAGCUGAGCGAGGAAACGCUCGCGCAGAGGUUCGGCCGCUUUGGAGCUGUGGAAGGAAUCUUUGCCAAGGCUAAACCUGGAAGACGUGCAAGACACGCGUGCAUACAGUUUGCGAGUCCAGAAGGGAAACAUGCGGCCCUCAGCUCUUCGGAGGAACUCUGGAGGGAAAACUUUCUUGUCUGUCCAGCGCUGACUCCGCCCCACAUGACUUCAUGGGUUGCUGACGACGACAAUGAGCAUGAGGUGGAGAUGGAGCACAUGAUGAAGAAGCUUGACCGCCGCCUGGGGAAAGUCUUCAUUUCUCUCCCAGAAUGCACCUUGUCUGUGGUGCUUCUGCUUCCAAAUCCCAGUGCUCUCAACUCUUCGCCUGGUUUGUGCUUCUUGGAGUUCAAGCAAAAGUCAUCAGAACCUCCGGAAUGGAACUGUGAAACUGAAACGUGAAAAUCGACUGAAUCGACAUGUUUUUAUAUACAUUUAUGACAAAUUCUGUCUUGGAAUAAUGCACAAACGCUUGGACAAACAGUGUCGCAUUGUUGUAAAAUGAAAUGGUCUUUUCUUACUGGUGUGUGUGUGUAGCUUUAAUGCUAAUGAGCUGUGUUUGUCUCAAGAAGCACUAUGUUACUGUAUUAGACCUGAUCCACUUUGAAAAUCUACUAAAUUAGAUUGGAUCAAUCUGCAGACCACAAAGCAACACAUUUUUAUCACACUUAAUGACACACACCAGCUUGGUUGAUGCAACCCAGCCUCACUGAGACUCUACGUCCAGCGGCCCCAGGAAAAUUGAGUUAAGGCUCCUGGACCAGGUCUAUUAUGGCCAAGAUGCUGAAAAAAAUGCGCAAAUGUGCCAUUUUCACAAAUAGAAUAAAGGUUUCACAAAUCAUAACCUUUGGGGUCUGUAGAUUAAUCCAGUCCAGAUUUAAGAUGUCUAAAUAUAAUGUUUUUCAAAGUGGACCAGGUCUAAUAUGGACUAGGUGCUAAAAAAACCAUCUAAAUGUGCCUUUACUGCAUUUACACAAAUAAAACCUU